CCGCCCCUCUGUAACCCAUAUAUACCGCCAUCGCUGAUUCGCAGCGCAGCAAAGCAAAGCAGCAGAGGCGGCUUCGCCCUGCCCCUGCCCGACGCCUUGGUGCCGCGCGCCAUGGCCGGCACCAAGAGCAGGUCCUCCGCCAAGGCCGGCUCGCCUCUGCUCGGCAAGUACGAGCUCGGCGGCCUCCUGGGCCGCGGCACCUUCGCCAAGGUCUACCACGCGCGCUGCCUCGCGGGGGGCGACCCCGUGGCCGUCAAGGUGCUCGACAAGCCCGGGCUGGCCGCCACGGGCAUGGCGGCGCGCGUCCUGCGCGAGGUCUCCGCCAUGCGCCGCCUCCGCCACCCCAACGUGCUCCGCCUCCACGAGGUGCUCGCCACGCGCUCCAAGGUGUACCUCGUCAUGGAGCUGGCCCCCGGCGGGGACCUCCUGUCCCGCCUCGCCGCCCUGCCCGCGCGCCGGCUCCCCGAGCCCGCCGCGCGCCGCGUCUUCCUGCAGCUGGUGUCGGCGCUCAUCUACAGCCACGCGCGCGGGGUGUUCCACCGCGACGUCAAGCCGCAGAACGUGCUCCUCGACGCCGACGGCAACCUCAAGGUCUCCGACUUCGGCCUCGCCGCGCUCCCGGACUCGCUCCGCGACGACGGCCGCCUGCACACCGCCUGCGGCACCCCCGCCUUCGCCGCGCCCGAGGUGCUCCGCCGCAAGGCCUACGACGGCGCCAAGGCCGACGCCUGGUCCUGCGGCGUCAUCCUCUUCGUCCUCCUCGCGGGCCACCUCCCCUUCGACGACGCCAACAUCGCCGACAUGUGCCGCAGGGCGCACCGCCGCGAGUACGUGGUCCCGCGGUGGGUGUCGCAGCCGGCGCGCCGCCUCGUGUCGCGCCUGCUCGACCCGAACCCGGACACGCGCCUCGCCGUGGCCGAGCUCGCGAGCCACCCCUGGUUCAAGCGCUCGCUCAGCGUCGACUCGCAGCUCGGCGGCCUCCUGGGCGGCCAGGCGGAGCGCGAGCUGGCGUUCCAUGCCCCGCCCGCGCUCAACGCCUUCGACAUCAUCUCCAUGUCGCCGGGGCUCGACCUGUCCGGGCUGUUCGGCGAGAGCCGGCGGGCCCGGGAGAAGCGGUUCAUGACCACGGCGUCGCCGGAGCAGACGGUGGAGCGGCUCGGGCAGGCGGGCGCGAAGCUCGGCUACUUCAUGGUGGGCAGGAAGGGGGCCGAGCGCCUGCCGCUGGGCGGCUUCUCGGGGCUGGUUGCGAUGUCGAUGGAGAUGUCGGAGGUGUCGCCAGCGCUGAUGCUCGUGGAGCUGAGGCUGGAGGGCGGCGACGGCGAGGAGGCCGAGGCGUUCGGGUGGGAGGAGCUCCGGGGGGAGCUCGGCGACGUGGUCACGGCGUGGCACGUGUGCGAGGAAGGUUGAUUCGCGGCAAGCUGAAACGCGAGCUGCAGGAUCACAAUUCUUUCGUAGGAAGGAUCGAUGGAAAGUGUAUGUAUAGUAAGUCUACAAUACAAUGUCAAAGCUGAUUAGGACGCACUGUAGUGUGUGGCUGGAAAUGAAUUAGAUUGAUAGUUCAAUCUAAUGUGUGAUGUUUGUGAUGAUCGAUUACUGUAUAUAGUAGAUGUUCGUUCUCUGAUUCUUCAAGUGUUGAAGAAAGCGGCAGAUUUCCAA